UGGUCAGCUGAUCUGAAAACUCGUCACCUAGCCACAAUUAGCAUAGAGUUAAAUUGUGCCCGUUCAGCGGUGUGAUUUCACCGACUUCAAUUAAGACCGAGUUAACGUUUUCGCUUACUUACCCUCCGUGACUACCCGGAGACCCAGGACAUUGUCCGGGGUAAUAUCUCUUCCCAGAGCCCGGAGUUCAUCCUCUGUGACUACAGGCCACUUAUCCGUUUGACUGCGCCUCGACUUCAGCUUCUUCAGCAUUCCUCCACCAGGCUUUCGCUCCCUGUGAGUCGUCUCCGAGCCGGUGUCUGCGUCCGUCUGACCUUUGCUGACUGUCGGUGCCUGUUUGUUUCGUGAACUGUUCAUACCGAGCUCAGUAGCAAUGAUGAAAAGAGUUGUUGUGCUUCUUUUAAUUUGAGAGCGACUUGAUGAACUGCGGGUGAAAUUUCAAGAUGGCGUAAAGCGUGUACGGGAGACAGAAAAGGACGUUUGCGAUUGGCUGAGAACGAUAGAGAUUGUCAUAGUUACCGAAGGGGUAUGAAUGGUUUAAAACCCAGGCCUUCCCGUUUUCGUCUUUAACUGGGUGUUUCUUCUCAAGUGUCAUAAGAUUGCCUUUCUUUAACUAAAGUAGACCUUUUUGUUCAGUUUUCUCGCUUUCCCUUCCUUUUUGUGGAAUUAUAUUAACAUUCAGUGUUUUUUUUUCCGUUCCGGAAACAGUCUAGCUAGAUGUGUUCAUGCAAACACGAACUCGUAGGCUACUGCCAUGGAUGUAUAAAUGCACCCAGCAGCAUCGCAAACAGGACCAGCGUGUGGCGCUAGUGCCACUCUCCGGGUAGUAGAUAGUUUUGUUGACGGAAGUUUGCACGGAAGAAGAAAGAAGCAGUAAUGGUGCGGGUGAAGUCCAGGUAUUUACUGUGCGAAGUGAACGUGUCAGACAGGAGCCGCCUGUUGUUGCUGGAUGACCGAGCUGUUGCAGCGACAGUGAAGGCAGCGGUAGCCCGCAUACACGGGGACUAUGGGGCAGCUCUCUGCAGCAUCAGGUUCUCUGUGAAAUAUCUGAAUGCUCAUACUGGAAUAGUAUUCCUGCGCUUCCCCAAAAAGUGUUACAGACUCCUCUGGUCUGCAUUGCCUUUCAUUACCUGUAUUGAAACUCGUGGGCAGAAGAUCUCCUGUUUUCUGAACUGUUUGCAUGUCGGAGGAACAAUGAGAACAUGUCAGAAGUUUCUGAUCCGUUACAACACCCAGCAGCUCCAUCGAAUGCUCCCUAAGUGUAAAAACGAAGAAGAAAAGCAACAGGUUCAGAAAGCAAUUCUAAACUGCUCCCUAACAGGAAGAAACAAGGAAGCAUUUGAAGAAGAAUCAGAGAGUGAGGAAGAUGAAGAAGAGUGACUUUACAGCAUGCCGUAAAAGGCAGCAAACUAUUUCUGUUACAGGACUGAUACAAGGAAAAAAUAUGAAGUAUACAGACUGUAUGCUGGUCUUCAACAGAGGAACACAUUACAUGAUGUUUGUCACACAUAAAUACUUUGGGUUGGCAAAGUGACCUGAUGGUCAGUAUUUAACAGCAAGUUCACAUGUUUAUGUUGAUACUGAAUGUCUUAGUUCUUUUGGGAAAUUGUCACCAAAAAGAAAAACUGCAAACACAUAGUACAAUAUAAUGACAUGUUCUUAUUCUGAAGAAACAAAGUUUAUAUCUUUUAAUUAACUUCUUUUGUAUUUCUACUAUGGUUUGUGCUGCUCUAUUUGUUUACAAAUUAAAGCACCGUUUUGGAAGAUAA